AUGACCAACAUAGAAAACAGUUGUGCAUUCGCUUACAAUACAUUGUUGUCUUGGCCGCGUUCAUCGAAUGAUCGUUGGCGACAACGAAAGCCAGGUACAAGCUAUUUCCAAGACGUUGAAGUCAAGCCAUUUUCAGAAUUCUUAACCGAUAGCUUUGGACGCAAGCAUGACUACUUGAGAAUCUCUUUAACAGAACGAUGCAACCUUAGAUGUCAAUACUGUAUGCCAUCGGAAGGUGUAGGAUUGACUCCUCAAGAACGCUUACUUACAGCCGAUGAAAUUAUCAAGUUAUCACAAUUAUUUGCUUCUGAGGGAGUGACGAAAAUUAGAUUAACAGGUGGUGAACCCCUUGUGCGAAGGGAUUUAAUCGAUAUCGUUCGAGAAAUUAAUUUAAUUCCUGGUAUUGAUGUCAUUGCAAUGACCACCAAUGGAGUUACUUUAGCCAGGCAUUUACCAAAACUUAAAGAAGCUGGACUUAGCUUAAUUAAUGUUAGUUUAGAUACGUUAGUUCCUGCUAAAUUCGAGUUUAUCACUAGAAGAAGGGGAUGGGAUCGUGUGAUGAAAGGCAUUGAUGCUGCUUUACAAUUAGGCUAUAAUCCUGUCAAGAUAAACUGUGUCGUGAUGAAAGGCCUGAAUGAUGACGAAAUACUAGAUUUUGUACAAUUAACUGAAACGAAGGCGGUUGACGUACGGUUUAUUGAAUAUAUGCCCUUUGAUGGAAAUAAAUGGAAUUAUGAGAAAUUUGUUUCUUACCAGCAAAUGCUGGACAUCAUAAGGGAUCGGUGGCCGGAAUUGGUACGAAUGCAGGAUAGCCCCAAUGAUACGUCCAAGGCAUAUCAAGUUCCUGGCCAUAUUGGCCGAAUAGGAUUCAUAACUUCAAUGAGUGAACACUUUUGUGGGAGUUGUAAUCGUUUGAGAUUAACUGCUGAUGGAAAUUUAAAGGUUUGUCUAUUUGGUAAUGCUGAAGUAUCACUUCGUGAUGUGAUAAGAUCUGGUCACUCGGACGAGGAAUUGUUAAAAAUUAUAGGAGUAGCGGUUGGAAAUAAAAAGAAACAGCAUGCAGGAUAUUUAAAUAGAAUGGGUAUAUUUAUUAAAGAUUUGCAUAGCAAUCUGAAUACAGCAAAACGACGCUUUAUAAAUCAAUUUGGAAUUUCAAUUCCGUCUACAUUCAGCACCUGGCGUUUUUUUCCGGCGCCAAUUUUUCACCGAUGCUAUCGAUCGACCCCCGCUCGCCUUUCAGAUUUUAAUGAUUCUUACCUCAACAAUAAGAAAUUUACGCACGUUGAUGGCAAAGGAAAGGGAAAAAUGGUGGAUGUAAGCCAGAAGGAAGUAACCUCUCGAACAGCCAUUGCCAGUGGCACUGUUGUCUUAGCACCAGAGGCGUUUGAGUUGGUAAAACGAAAUAAAGCAGAAGGUGGUGAUGUCUUGACGGUAUCCCAUAUUGCUGGUAUUACUGGUGCAAAGCAUACAAGUUUUCUAAUUCCUUUUUGCCAUAAUAUCAAUUUAAGUGAAGUUAAUUUAACGUUUGAUUUGAUUGAUGAAAGAUAUAGCGUGGUUAUUACCGCUAAAGCUGUAACUAAAGCGACCACGGGCGUGGAGAUGGAAGCUUUAACGGCUGUCAGUGUAGGAGCACUAGCUUUAUAUGAUAUAUGUAAGAGUGUCUCUCAAAACAAUGUUAUUACUGAUAUCAAAUUACUGCAUAAAUCUGGAGGUCGAAGUGGGACGUAUAAUCGUAAUGAAGAUAUUAGCAUCAAGCAUCAUGAUUUGCAAUAA